UCUAGCUUUUUUUUUUUCUACAAAAAAAAACCCCAAUUCCACUCUUUCUUCCCUGCAAUCAAAUCAUUCCAACUUUCAGUUACAGAGCAAAACAUGGGUCCUCUCUUCAACGGUCUCUUCUUCAUUCUCAUCUCUCUACUGUUUUGCCCAAUACCCAGUUCUUCUUCUUCUUCUUCUUCUUCUUCUUCUUCUUCUUUGAGUUCAAAAGGGCUCUCAGAAAUUACCCAAAGCUUUCUCGAUUACGCCAAGAGAAAAGAUGUUUUUGAUUGGAUGGUGAGUAUUAGGAGGAAGAUACACGAGAAUCCUGAACUGGGUUAUGAGGAAUUUGAGACAAGUAAGCUUAUCAGAGAUGAAUUGGAUAAGAUGGGUAUUUUUUACAAACACCCAAUUGCUGUCACUGGCGUUGUUGGAUUCAUUGGCUCCGGCGAGCCCCCUUUCGUUGCGAUACGGGCCGACAUGGAUGCUCUGGCUAUGCAGGAAUUGGUGGAAUGGGAGCACAAGAGUAAAAUUCCUGGGAAGAUGCACGCAUGUGGGCACGAUGGUCAUGUUGCAAUGCUUCUCGGUGCUGCAAAGCUUCUUCAAGAGCAUCGUGACCUUUUACAGGGGACAGUUCUUUUAGUCUUCCAACCAGCAGAGGAAGGAAGUGGAGGGGCAAAGAAAAUGGUAGAAGCCGGAGUACUGGAGAAUGUUGAAGCUAUCUUUGGGCUCCACGUCCGUUCAGACAUACCCAUAGGUGAAGUCACCUCCAAAUCUGGACCUCUUUUGGCUGGGAGUGGCUUUUUCGAAGCUGUAAUAAGUGGAAAGGGAGGUCAUGCAGCCAUUCCUCAGCACUCAAUAGACCCAAUUUUAGCAGCUUCAAAUGUGAUUGUCAGCUUACAGCAUCUGGUUUCACGAGAAGCUGAUCCAUUGGACUCUCAGGUAGUAACGGUUGGUAAAUUCCAAGGCGGUGGUGCAUUCAACGUUAUUCCAGAUUCUGUCACCAUCGGGGGCACCUUCCGAGCCUUCUCAAAGGAAAGCUUAAUGCAACUAAGACAGCGAAUUGAAGAGGUAAUAACCAAACAAGCCGCCGUACAAAGGUGCAACGCAACCGUUGAUUUCCUUGCAGACAAGAAACCUUUCUUCCCUGCAACCAUAAACGAUAAACGCUUGCAUGAGCAUUUUCAAAAAGUUGCAGGGAAUAUGAUCGGAAUUCAUAACGUCAAGACCAUGCAACCCUUGAUGGGUUCAGAGGAUUUUUCAUUCUACCAAGAGGUGAUACCCGGAUACUUCUUCUUCCUUGGCAUGAAUAAUGAAACAAAUGGAAAGCUUGCAUCAGCCCACUCACCCUACUUCAAAAUCAACGAAGAUUCACUUCCUUACGGAGCUGCUCUUCAUGCGUCGUUAGCCUCUUCAUAUCUUCUUGAACUCCAACCUAGGACUACAAUCCCAAUCAGUGAAGAACAUCAUGAUGAACUGUGACGUUCUUUCUUGAAUUGUUUUGAUAAUCAACAUGGGCCCUAAAUUUCUCAGGGUCUGUUACUGUUGAAUGUAACAAAUAAUAGCUCGGACUUAGGUUUUUUCAGGCAAAUUUAUCUGCAAGAACUGUGUUAAAUGUUCGUCAACAACAAAGAAAAUUAUUGUACCUGAUGUUUUGACAUUGCUACAGUGACAUAUAUACUUGGUUGUCAGUUGAUCUGAUGACAAGAAUGUUACCAAGUCUUGAAUUAUAUGUGUUUUGUUCUUCUUGA